CGAGACUAAAAAAAACACAGUCACACACUGGCGAAAAGAGACAGAGCUCUUACUUUAACGUCUCAACGACAACAACCUUACCUUAAUUUGAUUCCACGCUCUUAACUAAGUACACUCUCUCUAGCUACAUAUAGUAUAUGGUACUAGUUGCCUAUAAUGCCUGCCUAUCUAGCUGCUCACCUUCUUCAAUAAGUAUAAACCCACCCGCCCACCGCCACAAUCUCCCAUUGCCAUUCCUCUUCUGUGUGUCUGUGUCCCUGCCUCCCCAUUCCAACAACAUUUUAAUAAUCACUUUCCACCUAUUUGUGGGGUUUUUUUAGUCAACUUAUAAGAUAAACCUCAAGAUAACAGGUGAUGAUUUAAUUCUGAAGGCAGCACAACAACCCUUUUCAAUUCUUGUGAUAAAAUUUGGACAUUUUUGUUUUGUGGGGUUAGAGAAAUCAAUAAUGCUCAACUGUGAAAUGGGCACUCUAAUUUAACACCAACCAAUUAAUACUACACUACUAUUAGUAGUAGUAAUUAGAGAAAGUGGUGUGAUAAUUUGGGAAGUUGUGUGAGAAAUAGUAGUUGUACUAAUAGUUCUGUCACAGCUUCAGAAGCUGCUGAGGAGCUGUGAGUGCUGUCAUUGUUGUUAUGUGACAGAGCUUUUUGGGUUCUGGGCUCUCUGGGGUCUAGUCUCUCUGGUCUCUGGACCCUUGUAAAAUGUUAAUUAUCCCACCAUUUUUAUUCAAUCAGAUUUCAGUCCCCUUCCAGUUUCAGCCUUCCAUGCAGGCACUCAAAUUAUUUUCUUUCCUUCCUUUGGUGAGGUACUAUGGUCCUGUUCCUAUUCCAGUAAUCAAUCUUUUGCUUCAUUUUCCCCAUACCUAACCUCAUUUGCUUCCAUCCCAUCCUUUCUUUUCUUUGCACUGACUGCUUUCCUGCAAUUUUAGUACUACUGCUGUGCCUGCCCUGCCUACUACUACUUUUACUAUUACCACUGGUGCUUGUCGUCUCCAUGGGGAUUUGAGCUCUUUGUUUUUGGGUAUUUACAUUUGCUAACCGUUACCUUGUACUACUUCGUUUUACUAUCUUUGUCUUUCACCCCCCACCCUUUUUAAUUCCAUUCCUAUUACUACAUUAUACCAUUAUUCUUCUGAGAUGUGAAGGAGAGGGUGAAUGCAGAUGUGGGCUUGUUCUGUUUUUUCUCUCUUCCUGAAAUAGUAUAUUGGGUCAUUGUGUUUUUGCCGGAGAAAUGGCCGGCAGUGUUGGUGGCACGGCUGCUAAAGUUCCUUCACUUCCACCACCGAGGCCUAAGUCACCACCUGAGUAUCCAGAUUUAUACGGCAAGCGGCGAGAGUUGGCUAAAGUUCAGAUGCUGGAGAGAGAAAUUGGCUUUCUUGAGGAUGAGCUCAAAUUUGUUUCAGGUCUUCAACCUGCUUCGAAAUCCUGUAGAGAGGUCACAGAGUUUGUAACAGCGAAUUCGGAUCCUCUCACACCAACUACAAAGAGAGUCCGUAAAUCUUGCUGGCUCUGGAGAUGGCUCUGUGGAUCAUCAUGUUUAGGCUUUUCAUCAACUUGCUGUGACGGCUGUUGCUGCAUUCCCAAACUUCGGACGCCACGCUGUUGUACCUGCAAUCCAUGUGAAUGUAUAUCGUGCUCAUGCAUCAGUUGUACAAAACCGGAUUGCCGGAGUUGUUCAUGCGGUGAAUGCCAGUGCUGCUGUAGAAUGCCAUCAUGCAGCUCAAGUUGCUGCAGUACACCUAAAUGUCCAUCUUGCUCGAAUUGUUGUUGCAAUUCAUGUACAUCUUGUGUUCCAAAAUGUCCAAAGAUAAAUCUUUGUUCAUGUUGUACAAAAACUUGUUUCACCAACUGCUGCAAUAUAUGUUACUAGCAAUUUAUGAAUAUAUUUUUUAAGGAAUCCAACUUAAUUUUUUGGGUACAUUCUGAUCCGAGUUGACCAC